AUGGAUCACCUGUUAAAAGGUAUAAGUUUGGACAGACAAUCAAGGAUCAUUACACUGAUGCCGUUUUUGGAUGAGAUUGGACUGCUGCGAGUAGGAGGCAGAUUACAGGAGGCGAACUGGUCUUACUCCCAGAAGCACCCAUGCAUCCUGCCAGGUAAUGAUACUUUUUCUGAACUUUUGAUAAAAAGAGCCCAUAGAGAAGUGAUGCAUUCGGGCUUACAAGCUACUCUCAAUCAGCUCAGAGAAACCUAUUGGAUUCUUCGGGCAAGACAGAUGACGAAAGUGGACUUUGCUGGACCUUUGUAUGUGAAACCAGACAAUAAGAAGGUAUACAUAGCUUUAUUCACGUGUGCUGUGACACGAGCUGUGCAUUUGGAAAUUGUGACAGAUUUAUCUGCUUGUGCUUUCUUGCUUGCCUUCAGAAGAUUCAUUUCCAGACGUGGCAUCUGUAAUGCAAUCUAUUCUGAUAAUGCUAAAACUUUUAAGAGAGCUGAACAAGAUCUGAAGUGUUUGUGGACUCUGAUGAAAGGUAAAGAGAUGCAGGAACUGUUCACAGAGAAGAGGAUUUCUUGGAGAUACAUUGUGGAGCGGGCCGCUUUGUGGGGCAGUAUGUGGGAGCGCUUGGUGGGAUCCGUCAAGACGUGCCUCCGGAAGGUGCUUGGGAGAUCUUACCUGGACCAUGAGGAGCUUCAGACGUUAAUCUGUGAGGUUGAGGCUGUAAUAAACUCUCGUCCUUUAACCUUUCUUCACACAGAAAGUAGUGAACCCUCACCUCUCACUCCAGCUCAUUUCCUGACCGGACGAAGGAUUACCACCCUCCCUUCCUAUCCAGCCCGCGACGUCAGGGUGGAUAAAAGCAACGCCACACAGCUCAACAGGAGAUGGAAUUAUCGCCAGAGGAGACCUGUGCAACUGCUCUACCCGUUGGAGGUGGAUGAACCUUGA